AUUAAGGUUGUAACAUGGCAUGGGAGAAUAAAGAAAUGUUCGAGGAUGCCACAGAGUCCCAGACAAAGAUUGACAAGGAGUUUAAAUCUGAUGAAGCAGACCAUGACAAGUCUACUGGCGGAGAGGAUAUUUGUUGUUUAAAGUCUGUCUCAUCUGACCCACUGAGCACAUAUCCUGCUGAGAAAGGACAUUGUGUUGAAGGAUGUAAGGAGUGUAAAGUCACAGUGGGGUGUGUCAUAAUUAUCGGUUUAGGGACAAUCGCUAUGGGAGUGGCGACCUUGUGCCUCUGCCUCUCCGUGUCAUCUACGAAAGAUAUCAAAUUUUCAUACAAUGGGCCACAAAACGAUACUACAAAGUCAACAAUACCCUUACAGAAUGCCACCGAUACACAACGCAGACCCCAGUAUCAGGCGCUUUCGCAAGCUGAUGACACCACGAUCAAGCUUUGGAUGAAAGCAGAGUAUAUAUCAACCAAUUCUGAAUACCAGAUACUAUGGAGAUCCAUGUCCACCAAUAACGGUUCAGCUACGAUACAGCUUACUCAAUCGUCCAUACGUUUCCGAGUACCAAUAUCCGGCGAGUACAACAUAUUGGCAUCAUUCCAAGUAAUGGGACGGAUGUGCAGAAGUAUUCGCAAUUCAAAUUAUAUUUCAAUAAGACUAUGUAUUCAACACGAACAUAAACUUGUUAAAUGUAUAAAGGAAUCUUUCCCGAUGUCCUCUGCCGAGUGGUGGGUUCGUACUUUAUAUAUAAUAGUUCCUGCUCUUUCCAUGGAAGCAGGAAAUACCGUGUCAUUUGUAAAUAGCAAUCCUGACUGUAUCUAUGACGACCCAAAAGUGUCUCUCAUAGAAAUUCACCGUAUUCACUAAAUGCGCUCAAAAGAUUUACUAACGUGUGUGUUAUUGUUACUUUUUGAUGUAUACAACAUAUGCAGGAGAAGGU